GGAGUACCCGUACCCCGAGAUGUAGUGUUUUGUGUGACCGGAUUGUCAAUGAACAAAAAAAAACCCACCAAAAUCAAAAACAACUUUUUCAAGAAAACCAGAAGAAUGCAACCAACAGAAGAGUCCGAUCAGAUCGAGGAACUCGACCAAGAACAUCUCCAUCAACAGAAUAAACCAGCCUAUCACAACCAGCUCAUCAGGCCCUCCCCAAGACCCAGCAGACGACCAUCGGAGGAGUCUUUGCAGAAGCAGGCCAAACUUCAUCAAUCGCCAACUCCCAAUAUCCAAACAGUCUCAUCGGAUAGCGUCGAAGGCUCCAAUCGAUCACUCCCCGAUCACAAUCCAUCUCCUCCUCCACCCAUCAUCUCACUCACAAACCAAUGGCCGCCAGCACCCUACGGAGAUGAAAACUUACCCAAACCAGCACCCAAACGAAAAUCAUCCUCAUCAGCUCUCACUCACAAUUGGCCGAUCAAACUCCUGGCAUCCUCAUCCUCCACAAACGAUCCAAAACCCUCCAGAUUCUCUUUCGACUUCAACAACAGCAGUCACAUCAACACCCGCGAUAGUCAAAGGAUCUUCUCAAAUGAAACCGUCAAACAACAUCUCAUCAGAAGGCAAAAAGAGAAAACAGAUGAAGAAGAACAAGAAGAACAUCCUCAGAAGAUCACCGUCGCGCCGUCGAUCACGUUAAGUUUAUUUACCCAUCUCACCGAUCCUACGCUGAGUUGGAAGACCAAAUUAGGCUGCUUUGGAGCGACCCUAGGAAUCAAUUUCUUCCUGCCAUUCAUCAAUGGUGUCAUGCUAGGCUUCGGAGAAAUCGCCGCGCGAGAGUUGCUUGGAGCGUACUUCGGCUGGGGGCCUGCUGGAUAUCGGUACCACUCUAAACAACUACCCCAGCCAUCAAAUCCUUCCGAGGCUUCCGAACAUCCUUCCCCCUCAGAUCCUUCUUCCACGCUUUCUCAAUCUCCUGCUGGCUCUUCUGUCUCUUUCACAGCCCUUCCUUCAUCAUCAUCAUCAUCAUCAACAUAGAAUAAUCAAAACAAAUCCUCUUGCCUUACAUUUUUUGAUUAUUAUUGAUCAAAACACUCUACCCAAGCUUGGAUUGUUUUCCUCUUCUUCAACAAAGAAUCCAUGAAUCUUUGGUCAUCCUCAGUAACCAGCUCUCAACACUUGCUAAAUAAGAGAUACCUUCAAGUAGAACUAAACUAUCAAGAAACCGAAACAAGCUGUGAUAUUGACAGCACCAAACUUAUGUACAAAUGAAGGUGAAGCGUGAGAUUCCACAAAUAUAAAUUGACAAAAAUCGGACCUGUGUG